AUGGGUAAUUAAUAAAAGCAAAAAUCUAUUCUAGAACUUUGGAAUGAACAUUGUUUAACUAAAAGCUCGCAAUCUAAAAAUCAAAUAUUGAAAAUAUAUAAACCAGAAAUCAUUCGCGAAAAUGCAAUCAAAGUCUUAGAUUUAACAGUUCAUUAAAAUCAUCUCUAAUCAUAUAAAGAAGAUCUUAAAAGAUUCUUACUCAAUAUGGAUCCUUAGAAAUAUGCCCAAUAAUUAGCUAUUUCUGCUUAUCUUAAUCACAGUAACUAAUCCUCUUUUUAUGAAAAGCUUAAACUACAGAAUUUUUGAUUCCAUAAGUUAACAAUCUCAAAGAAGAGUUGAUUUAUAAACAAAUUGCAGAUCAUCAUCUUAUCAAAGAUUUGAUGAAUAUUUGGAGUUAAAUAUUUAGUGAAAAAUAUUCAAUUUUUUAGAAUCAAUAAGAAAAGGAAUACCUAAUCAAAUUAAUAGAAUCUAAAGAUUUUGUUUAUUCCUCUCUAUGCAAUGAUAUUAAAUAUUUUAUUUCAUAUUUGGAAUAAAUGCUUUAAUUAAUAUAUGAAGUUUAAAAUAGAGAAAAAUUUAAACAAUUACUUAUCAAAAUGAUAUUUUAAAAUAAGUAACUAAAAAGUAUUAUUUUUGAUACUUUUGAAAUAUAUAGUUUGGAUAAAACUUAAAUUUUCAAAAAGAAACUUAAUAAAUAUGUUAAUAUAAAAUUACAUGAAUUAUAAGUACCAGAAAAAUAUAAUUCAGAUUAUUAAAAUACCAAAAAUCAAUUAUAAGAGAUCUUAAUUAUUGAGAAUCCUUGUGAUAAAUUUGAUCUAUUUUCUAAACUAGAAUAAACUAUGAUUAAGGACAUUAAAAAGGGAGGAAGUCAAUAAAUUUUACUUGAACUAGAUUGGUAUUAUAUAUAUUUUACAAUAGUUAAAUCGGAAUAUUGACAUUUUGUAUAUUUAAGAUAUAAUCUGAAAAAUGGGUAUGUCAAUUAAAUUUCAUUCAAAUGUUUUUGGGAGCUGAAAUGACAUAUAAUUCAGGCCGAGAUUCAGCCUAAUUUACAAAUGUUUUAGGUGCUAUUGAAUAUAUAAUGAGUGAUAAAUUUUGA